ACGAGUUCUCAAUUAUUACGUCGUCGUUACUAAACAGAAUGGAAAAAAAUUGGAGGGACGUGAUCAGGAGACCCUAAAGAAUUGAAAUUUAUGUCUGUCAGCGGUCAAGAAAAUAGGGGAUCAGACUCGCCUACAAGGGAUAAUGUACAUACAAGCCUCCAUUAUCCAGGGCGCAGUCCAUUCGUUUAGUAUGCUCGACAUGGCUCGACAGCGAAAUCAUUCGCAGCUCGUGUAAGUAUGUGAUUAAAUUGUUAGGUAUCAAAAAUACAAGAAACAGAAGACAAAGUUGAAGAGAAGACCGGAGUCAUGACUUCUGACAUCAUUUUCAUAUUGUCUUCCGAAAUGCCAAUUCGUAGUUUCUACCAAUGCCUGUGAUUGGUCAUUCCAUUAUGGCGUCCUCCUAUUUAGACCAAUCAGAUUGAUCGUUGAAGGGUGCGUUGCGCAGAUUGUGAUGGAGUGCAACAGUCCUCUUCGAAGCUUCGUCCGUUUGGCACGUGUCUGCAACAGACCUAUUCGUGUACUUGCUUAGGUAUCGGCCGAUAGCGGAAUAUACCGAGGAAUGCCGAAGCGGUGCCGACCGGUCUUCGUCGGGAAGGAAGAUCUCGCUAUUUCUUUCGCGAACGUCCAAGUGACUAGACGUGUUGAAAGUAUCCUUCCGCAUAAGUACUUACUUAUGCGGAAUUUUUAAUUAUUUGACAAAAAUUCACACAUGAACGUAGUUAUGCGUUUGUUGAAAUAACAAUGAAAAAACUAUAUAGAAUAUGUAUUAUAUAUGUAUAUAUAAAGUAGUAUUCAUUCGGAAGAAUUGCGUAAAUUAUCGAAGAUGCACUCUCCGUUAUAUUAUUUUUUUCUUUAACUUACUUUUUACAAAAUUUAAAACGACAAAUUUUAACGUUUAUCGUACGAUAUACCAUAAGUCCUUGGCGCGAAAAGUGCGAAGGGUGCAAGUACCUGUCUGAUAGAGUCUAAUUUGAUUUUCACUGCUGUACGUGUGAUCAUAUUUUAUUACAGAUAGGUUCCUUAGAUUUGGUUGCUUUGUAAACUUUAUUUAAAAGAUCCUUAAAUAAUUGUUUUGUUUUCUUUGCAAAUUAAAUUAUCUUUUUCUUUCAAUUUUACUUCCUUCUAUCUGCAGUCUGUUGUAUAACGUAUUUCAUGCAAUUCUUGUGAUUUAAAUUAAACUCCUAAUUCAGCGAAACGUAGAAAACGACGAAGGAAAGCCACGUAAGCGCAGGAGAGGAGGAAAUAAAGAACGAAUAGAAUGCAAGAACGAAAGAACCCACGGCACGAUCCACGAGACGUGACUACACCGAUGUAUACAUAUAUGUACAUACUUACAUACAAUAUUACGAAUGACGUAUGCGUUAUUCGUCGACAAACAAACUGACCAAACGAUUAACCGAUCGAAGGAUGGUCGAGCGAACAGCGAAACGAGCGUGGAAAAACAGUUACGAUCGAUCGUUAUAGAUCAACACGAGCAUGUACGUAACGAGAUCACGGUAAUGUGUUCGUGUCAAUCGAUUUUGAUCAACAACGUUUUAACACACAGUGCGUUGUUACACAAAAAUACCGAGAUAAGAAGAGAGAGGAAGAACGGAAAAAGAAGAAGAAGAAGAAGAGAGGAUACGUGACAUUCAAAGAUAAAACAAGAGCAAAUUGAUCCAAGUGUUGUGAUAUUUGCUUAGAAGCGAAAGUAGAAACGCAACUGACAAAAAUGGUGUCAAUGUGAUACGACACGAGGACACUUUAGUUUUGAUUUUUCUACGACGAUUGUCGCUCGUUCGCAAUCCUUCCUUCGCUCUAAUAAACAAUACAUUACUUAUCCGAACGUAAAUUGCUUGUCAUCAUCCUGCUUGAUCGAUACCUUGAUCUUAAAAAAGAGGAAAAAACUGAUACGAUUCGUAAUCACUUUCAGAACGGAUAGGGUGACUAGACUCACAUUUGUAUAUUAAAUUGAGUAAAUUGAGGACAGUCGAGCAGAUUCCUUUCUUCUUUUUUUUUCUUCGACCGCGACGACACGAUUUCCAAAUUGCUGCUGACUAUUUAUUCGAUUGUUAUUCAGAAAAAUGUCGUCACAUCUAGAAACGAACAAAUGGACUCCAAAACUGAUAAUAGUCUUUCAAUUGACUAUCUGGAGUAUCGUUGGGAUUAUACUUCUUCAAAAAGGUGCCAUCUCUCUUCGUGAAAAAAUGAAACCGCGAAAUGAUACUGCUGACGUACAGGAUAAGCUCGCAAGAUGGAACGGAAAAGAAUCUGUUAGAGAAGCAACGAAUGUUACAGACAGUAGUCGACGUCAUAUAAUAAAAGUCUACCAAACCGGCACUCGGCGAUGGACAAACGUCGCUAUUGAUAACGUUGAUGAUGUUACGUCGAACAAAUGGUUAUCGCGCAAAUUGCACCCCUCUCAUCGAACACGUAAUAUUAACCGAGAAAGUUUUAAGAAAACGUUAACAAUCGGAGAACGGACAACAAUAACUACGACAGUUGGUCAUGAAUACGACACUAGAGGCGCACGUGCUAUCGAAACCGUGGCAGUUCACGUAAAUAAUAAAAAUAAAAUUAAGAAUAUAAAUCAUGAAGAGAAUGUUAUCGUUUCGCUUGCGUCUAAUGAACGUUCUUAUGAUACGGAAAACACUGUGAUAAAUAAUAUCACGCCGAACAUAUUGUUUGAAUUUGAAAACGCCGGCUCCGCUAAUCUCGCUAGACCAGACAGGAGAAAAUCCUUCGAGCACGAUGUCAAUGAUAUAACAACCUACGAAACGACGGGAGAUGGUAAAAGUGAAACGAAGCCGCGCCGCUCCCCCGUGAAUCGAAUCGGAGCAGCUAUAGCUAUUAUUAUGCUUGUGAUUGGAAUCAUUAUGCUGCUUCUAGGUCCAUUUAUAGUCAUUCUUCGUGCUCUUAAUAAUCGAAGGCGAGCUAGAGAAACGCUUGAUAAAAAAAGGAAUCCCAACGAUCGGCCUCCUACUUACGAAGAAGCAACCCUAAUGGAUCAAGCACCGAGAUAUUCGACGCUCCAGCUAGACACGAUUCUCGAAUCUUCUUUUUCACUCUAGUCCCUUUCCUCUUCUCUUCUUCCAUCCUUCUCUCUUCCCUUAAUACUUUUUAU